GUGGCUUAGUACAUUUCCUGUUUAAAAAAAAAAAAAAAAAAAGCAGCAAAGAGAAGUCAUUCAAACGAGAUGUCAGUUGCAAUGUGUUAGCACCCGGUAACCCAGGGCUCACCCUUCUCCUUUCUGGCGUGGGGCUUAACUGAGGUCGGGGAGCACAGCAGGGCCUCUGAACAUCUGCCGAAUCCACCUAAGGGCUGCCCUUGCUGAGUAGAGGAAAGGACUUCACCAAAGCAGCCAGAAGAUCAUCACAGGUUGGUGUGUUGUCUGUGCGGUUGUGGACAAUAUGAUCAGUCAAACUGAAAAGUCCCCGCGCCGGUGCAGGCGUCUGAGCGAGAGUUACGACGAGAAGUGCGAGCGCCGGCACGAGACCCGUGAGAACUUGUGGAGGAGAAACAACGUCACCACAUGUCGCCGUGUGAUGCAAUGUCGGAAAAAGGAAGCAGAGGAGCAGUCCCAGAGCCCCCGCCAGAAAGAGUUCCUGAAGAGAAGGAACUUAGCCACCGAAGAAGGAAAGAAACAAGUAAGGUUUCCUACUGGGACACCAGCAACUCCAGGACAAGAGUGUGCAACAGGCACCCGCAAGGAAGCAUCUUCCUGGAUGGAUCUGAGGUCACCCACAUCCCUCCAGAAUAACAGCACCUCCGUGGUCCAUCACAAGCAUCUCCAGCACAGUCUCAACGAUCCUCGCACGCAGAACAACUGGCACUCCUGUGGCGUUUCAUCACCAAACAUCCUCCCCAAAGACAUCUCCAAGACCAGCCGAGGCACUCAGACAUUAACAGAUUCUAGUGCAAUAAAGAAAGACUCAAGCCAACAAACAGACUGUGGAAUAGCAGUAUUAGACAAGGAAAUAAUUCAACUUUCCAACUACCUCAAGGAGGCGUUACAUCGAGAGCUGCUGCUGAAGCAGAAGAUGGUGAUUUUACAGGAGCUUUUAUCCACAUUGCUACAAGCAUCAGAAAAAUCUUGGAAGGGUCAGCUGAAUGAAGACAAACUAAAGGGUAAACUGAGGGCCCUUGAAAAUCAGCUUCACACCUGUGCCCAGCAUUACUCAAAGGACAACGUGAAGAGGAUCCUGAUGGAGAUGGAGGACCAAAAGCAGACCUACGAGCAGAAAGCAAGAGAAGCUCUGCAGAAGCUGCUGGAGGAGAAACUCCAAGCAGAACAGCAGCUACAGAGCGCUCAGAGGACCCUGGCAGUCACUGAAGACGACUGUGCUCUCUGGAAAGAACACUAUGACACAUUAGAAGCAGAGUGGAGUAAGACAGCCACUAAGCACACUGAACUAGAGAACAAGCUCUGUGUUUUGCAGAACCAACUGCAAUGGGCAGACACCCAGAAUGAGCAGCUCCACCAGGCCCUGCAUAACUUGGAGAGUGAGCGGGAAGAUCUCAAUUUGAGACUCGAGGCUCUACAAGAAGACAGCCAGCUCAGAAUGGAGCACAUCAGUGCAAUGGAAGGUAAAUUGCAAAAUGAACAAAAGCAAAAGCUGGCGCUGGAGGCGACAAUCACUUGUUUGCGCAACCAGUUACAGAACCAGUCCAAGGAGCAGAAGGCUCAGGAAGAGGUGGUAGGAAGAAAAGAUCAGGUUUUAACUAUGCAGCUCCAACCCCCCAGUCCAGUCAGAGAAAGACAAGAUGCUUUGUUAAAGCAUCCUGACCAUGAGGGAGAGGAAAAUCUGAAGGACCAGGUGCAAAAGAGGACAGCCCAGCUCAUUGCAAAGGAAAAGGAGUGCGCAGAUCUCCGCUCUGAGCUGGAGGCCCUGAGCGAUGAGUACCGCUCCUGCAUGACCAAGUUACGUCAGUGCCGAGAUGAGCUCAAUCAGUUCCAGAGCAAACAGUCAAAAGGACAACGUGGCCACUGGAUCCCUCUCCUACUGGUGGUGAUAGCAGCAGCCAUGGCGGCUUUCUUAGCCAAUUUUGUACCCUGAGAAUCUGUCCGUUUCAAUUACCUCAGCUCAGCAACUGACUCAACUUUCUUCACUGUAAUGUAUAAAAAUUUUGUAGGGUUUUUGGGGGGAUAUUUUUGAGCUGGUCUCACUCCUCAACAAAUUCACCCUGGUCCAAUAAAUGCCAUGAGAUCA